GAAAGUUUGUCUAAGCCUCUUGAAUUCAUCCCCCGUUUUGUACCACCCUCCUCUCAAAACCGUACCAUAGACAUAGGAACCCUCAACAAAGGGCAAUACAUUAUACAAAUCUUAUUCCACGGUUAUGCCAUACACAAUAAAUUAAUUAUCAAUAAUUUGAUUUCCAAUCGUAAGCCUGAUCUAACAAUCAUAGAAGUUUUAGGGUUCUUUUUAUCGCAAAUUACAUUCCAAAAAUCUAGGGUUUUGUAAUACGUCCCUUCCAUAUACUUUACUGUAAUCUAGAAUUUUCCGAGAAAAAUCACCAUACAUCCAUAUAAACCGAUUGAAAAUUAGGCAGCGAAUAGUUAUAUUUAGAGAAACAGAAAUUAAGAAGUCGAGAUUAUUAUAUUUUUGAUCGAUGGGGAGAACAAAACAUGGUAAUAGAGAUGUUCGUUGUUACAACAUCAGAGGCACAGACAAAAUUGUUCAAGCUGGGGAUUGCGUAUUGAUGCGGGCAUCAGAGAGCAACACGGCGCCAUAUGUGGGGCGCGUGGUGAAGAUAGAGGCGGAUGGCAGUAACAAUUUGGUAGUUCGGGUGAGAUGGUAUUACAGGCCAGAGGAAUCUGUUGGAGGGAGGCUAGACUUCCAUGGAGAAAAGGAGUUGUUCUUGUCCGAUCACUACGAUGUUCAGAGUGCUCACACCAUUGAAGCCAAGUGCACUGUCCACAGCUUUGAGGAUUACACCAAGCUGGAGGAUGUUACUCCUGAGGAUUACUACUGUCGAUUCCAAUACAGAGCUGCCUCUGGACUUGUCUUGCACAAUAUGGCUGCACUGUAUUGCAAGUGUGAGAUGCCCUAUAAUCCAGAUGAUUUGAUGAUACAGUGUGAGGAAUGCGAGGACUGGUUUCAUCCGGGAUGCAUCAAUAGGACAAUAGAAGAGGUCAAACAGUUGGAUCGCUUUGAUUGCUCCCAACACACUGACACUGCAAUUGCAAACACCAAGGCGAAGCCCAAACGCCAGAAAAAGUAAACCGUGUAUUGGUUCUUGCUUGCAAUGGAGCGUCUUCAUAACAUUUCUAUGGUGUGGAGAGAGGCCACUUUCUACUUCUUCUUCUUUUUUUUUGUUCUAAUUUCUUGCUAAUUUUAGAUUACCGUCGAAGCUAGUUUCCGAUUACAUUAAUGGUGGAUGCAGAAAUCAAUUGGAUCAAGUUGAGCAUAUUUCUCCC